GUAAGAUCUUUAACUUUUGUUUUAUAACAUUUUUUGUGGGACUGCUUUUUACAACCGCUGCUCUUAAGCCCUAGUGAUUCCUGUAUAUUUCCCCUCCUAAACGUGGCGGUAGCGCCUAAACGGCUUCAGAUAGAGCAAAACGGACGAAAUUUUCGCCCAAAGGGCCGCAAUUUGACGAGUUACCCUAUAGGAAGCUCUCUUGAAAGUUAUAAAAAAUAAUUGAAAUAGCAGCUUUUUGAACAAAUACCCAAAAUGACCCCUAAAUAUGAAUUUAAGCAAAAAUCUUUGAUGUGUCCUUCGAUGACAUAUUUAGACCAACAAUUUCCCAAAGUAGAAUGAAAAUCGGGAAUUUACACUUGGCGGGGUUCCCUUGUCAGUGGAACCGGCUGCUCGACGCCGUGUCGAUCGACCGAGAACUCCAAGGCGAGUUUAUGGGGCCUGGGGCGGCAGGCCGCAUGUCUGCCAAAUGGGAACAGCUCGCUGCCAAUCUUAACUCUAUGGGAGGGGCUUUUAAGACUGGCGACAAGUGGAAGGAGGCCUACUGCAACUUGCGAAACAGGGCUAAACGGCAGUAUGCUGACCGUUCAAGAUAUAUGAGGGCUACGGGGGGAGGCCCACCUCCUCCAGCAAGCCUGGGGCUGGGCCCCGUCUACCAGCGAGUGCUUGCGCACGUUCCCCUCCAGCACGUCAUAGGCCAUCCGCAAGUGCCAGCCCCACUUCAGCAACAGGCUGGUUUUGUACCCCAGCCGGUGCAGCAGGUCGUGCCCCAGAAUCAGGCGCAGCAGCAGCCCCAGGUCGUUCAGCAUGUGCUCAUAGAUCUAGAUCAGCCCAGCUCCUCCUCAGAAAUUGGUUUUAACUCUAGAAUACUAAUCCCCUAA